AUGCCGAGCAAGAAGACUAGUAGGCAAACGACGCCGCCGGCAUGGCAACAACAGAUCCUCCCAGACGAGGUGAUCGAGGACAUCUUCAUGCGUUUACCAGCCAGAUCCGUGGCCCGCUGCCGCUGUCUAUCCCGUGCCUGGGCCGCCGUGCUGUCCUCCCGCGGCUUCAUCAACCGCCACCUCGACCUCGCCGCGCUCCCCACCAGCACCAGCUCCUGCAGGCGGCGCUUCUUCUUCCAAGAGGCCGCGGCCUUGUCCGCGUGCUUGCAGGAGCAUCAUCUCGCCGGGCGGCGGCUCACGCGCUCUUGCCGCGGCCUCGGCCUCGUGAAGAACUAUUCCACGGGGGUUUACUACGUCUGCAACCCGUCGACGGGUCAGGCAGCCUCGCUUCCUGACGGCAUGCCGGUGAAGCUAGACGGCGGCGGCGGCGGCGGCGCAUGGGAUGGACUCAUCUUCGGCUACGUCAGCUUCGGCCUCGGGCACGACGCGCGCGCAGACCGACACAAGGUGGUGCGCCUCAACUACCCCGUCGGCCUCCCCGCCGGGUGCGAGGUCUACGACGUCGGCGUAAGCUCCAAGGGCUAUUGGAGGCCGGCGGCGAGUGGAGCGAAGCCGCCCUGUUUCGCCGUCGACAGGUUCGGCGUCAGCAACACGGCCGGCGUCUUUGCGCAAGGUCGCGUGCACUGGCUCGCCACCAGCAGGAGGCCGACUUUGUCUGCGAACGCGCUGCGGCUUCGCCCCGAGCCGGACUCCGUCAUGUCCUUCUCGCUCGUGGACGAGACGUUCACGUCCAUCCCGCUGCCGCCCCAUGCCUGCGGCAGGUCGCUCGGGCUCACGGUUCUGCACGGUGGCCGCCUGGGCCUUGUCUCCUAUUACCGACAUCGACCGCGUGACAUAUGGACGCCGGCGCCCGAGGACUAUGCAUGGCGGCGUGCUGACGUGCAGAACCCGGCGGGCUCGGGCUGCCGAGAUCCUCCGCAGAAGAAGCUGUGGUCACAGCUUGGCACCGUCGUCGGCAGUGGCUACUGCGGAGACGACGACCUGUACGAGGAGAGCCUGGAGCCCGUUGGCCGGCCGUACGAGGACGUCCUCUUCGCGUCGACGACGUACCUGCAGGCGCUGUCGAUGGCUCUGCACCGGCUUCCAGCUCGCACGCUCGGGAGGCUCAAGUCCGUCUGCCGUAGCUGGCGCGCCGUCAUCGAGAGCGACCGCUUCGCCUCGGCGCACAACGAGCACCAUCGGCGGCUCGCCGACGCCGCUUCAUCUCCGUCGUCGUCUCUUGCAGACCGCGUCAUCUUCACGUGCUGCCCGCCGCUUGAAGAUGAACCCGCUGUGCCACUCCGCUUGUGCUUGGCUUCGGCUUUCGUGAUGAUGCCGCCGCUGAUGAACAGCAGAGUCGUCGUCUCUAAGCCGUGCCAUGGUUUCGCACAGGUGAUGAGUCGCAGUCGUUGUUGCGGGGAACGUACCGAAUUGUUCAAUCCUGUCACGAGAGCACACAGAAUCUUCGUCAUGGACGACGUGGACCGCAGCUUGGACGUGUCGUCAGGCAGCAGCAGCAUCGGGCUGGGGUACGACCAGUCGAGGCAGGAGCACGUCCUGGUGCUCCUCGCCGCCGGUACGGAGUGCAAGGUGUGGAGGCUGAGAGAGGACGUCGGAAGGGCGAGGACGGUGCCCGCGCCGCCGAUCACGCCGCGGUUCUUGCCGUCUGCGUCGACGGUGCCUCCCGUGUACAUCGACGGCAGGAUACACUGGAUGUGCUGCUCGCCGCGCGCAAUCCUUGCCUUCUGCGUACGCGCAGGAGCUUUCCAAGUCGUGCCGGCGCCUCCAGCUCCAGGCACGGGCGGCGGCGGCGAUGACACCAGCGGCACGGGCACGGAGUUCCUCGUCGAGCUGAGACGGCUGCUCUGCGUCGUCCAGUCGUGCCCAAGCACGGAGACGAUCACAAUUUGGUCCACUGCCGCCGGCGCCGGCUGGGACGAUGGAGCAUGGAGUAGGGAGUACGUCAUACAGCUGGGCCGGUGGCCGGAGUUCUCGCCCAAGACGGUGGAGCUGGUGGUUCCCAUCGAUGCCACCGAUGGCCGGAUCUUGCUCGACACCGGGAGCUCACUGGGGUACUACGACCCGGUGCGGCGGACGCUGGAGACGGUGUGUUCGCUGUAUGGUCCCGACCCGGAGAAGCCUGUCAAGAGAUUCUUCGCCGCCGCGUUAUGGGAGGAGAGCCUGGUUCGUCCAUACGACCGGUGUGACAGAUUAUGGUGCUAG